AUGGAGCAGCACAAGCGGUUGGUGGUGUGCUCUGAGAAUGGAGCACUGGCGGAUUACAUGUUGAGUAAGUGGCAGGAGAUGGCCGACAAGAAGCCCAAUGGAAUCUCCGAAAACAUUGAGAAGACUCUGACUAAGGCUUACUCCAAUGUCUGCAACUCUAAGAACCCUGUUAAAACCCUCAAAGAAUUUUCCCAAGUCAAGGGUGUUGGGAAGUGGAUUUUGAAGCUUAUGCAAGGGUUUUUUGACACCGGUUCAGGCAGCUCUGAACCAGAAGAUGUAACUAAAGAGGGUAAGAGAACGAAAAAACGCUAUGUUCCACAAAAGAAUUCUGUAGCAUAUGCUUUACUGAUAACACUUUACAGGGGAACUGAAAGUGGGAAUGACUUCAUGCGUAAACAGGAGCUCAUUGAUGCAGCAGAAGCAAGUGGACUAUCUCGUGUGCCAAUCAUGCCAGAGAAGGGAAAGGGAAUACCUGCACACCCCAGAAAUUCUACAAGGGAAUGGUAUAGUGGUUGGUCCUGCAUGAAGACAUUACUAACCAAGGGACUGGUUGUGAAAUCAAGUUGCCCAGCAAAGUACAUGCUUACUCAAGAAGGUAAGGAGGCUGCUCGUGAAUGUCUCAUGAGAUCUGGUUUGGCGACUCCUGCAGAAAUAAUUUCUAAUGCCAAGGAGUUGUCUAUCAUGGAUGUUGACAUUUCACGUCAGGAACUUUCUAGUCCUGAAUCGGUCACAGAUCUGACAUUGUUCUCCUGUAAUUCAAGUAGGAAUAAAAACUCAAUUGAUAUUCCACAGGAAUAUCUUGACAAGUUUACACACAUGGGGUAUUCUGAGGAGCGAAUCAACCGAGCUAUUAGUGAAGCUUCAGAGACUUCCCAUAUCAAGGAAAUCUCUUCAAUAUGGCCAUCAGUUCUUUGUCGCCUUCGAGAAGAUGAGGUUUAUGGUUUGCACAUGAAGUCCCAAAGCGUAAGGGGAAAUCGUCAGGCAACAUCGUCCACUCAUAUUCUUGGAAAUGGUGAUAGAGAAUGUGUAGGGAGUGAGAGUAGACCGCCCAACACUUCUCGGGAUGGAGGUCCUACACGAAAGAUAAAUUCUGACAAGGUUGCAUCAAAGUCGUCUACGAUGGGAGCUCCUUCAUUUCUUAGUUGUCCUGUGACAAAGUCUAGUUUGGCCGGUGUUGAAGCAAGUUUGAAAGCUUUGUCCGUGCCACCUUUAAGCUUUGGGGAGAAAUUUGAAGAUGCAUAUGAAUUAAUCUUUGUAUUGGAUGAUCGAGAACAAUUGGCCACUCAGAUAUCACGGUCUAGGAGCAUUAUUGAGAGUGUUAUAUCUGGAUGCAAAAUCACAGUACAGGUUAGGCGGUUACCAGUUGGAGAUGGGAUUUGGAUAGCUCGGCAUAAACGUCUUCAGAGUGAGUAUGUACUUGAUUUUAUUGUUGAGAGGAAGAAUGUUGAUGAUUUACGCUGUUCAAUCAGAGACAACCGUUACAGGGACCAAAAACUCAGACUUUUGAGGUGUGGACUUAAGAAGCUGAUAUAUCUCGUGGAAGGUGAUCCAAAUUCUUGUGAAGCAGCAGAAAGCAUCAAAACAGCUUGCUUCACAACCGAACUCUUGGAGGGCUUUGAUGUUCAGAGAACCGGAAACGUGACUGAAACCUUGAGGAAGUACGGUUAUCUUACUGAAGCAAUUUUUAAAUAUUACAAAGAUCUCUCUGAGGAACAGCUUAAGCAAGCUGGAGUUUGUCCUCCUUUUGAUGAAUUUAACAAAAGGUGCCAAGACCUUGAUAAGAUGACAGUCAGUGACGUAUUUGCCAUUCAGCUCAUGCAGGUCCCCCAGGUGACUGAGGAAGUUGCCAUAGCUGUUCUGGAUUUGUACCCAACAGUUUUUUCUCUUGCCCGUGAAUACUCUCUACUUGAGGGUGAUGUUAAUGCUCAGGAGGAGAUGCUUAGAACACAGAGUAACAAUGUUGUAAAUGCUGCUGCUAGUAAGAAUAUAUUUCAGUUUGUUUGGGGCAUUGAUUGAUAUCUAUCUCCCGUUGUCAAAA